CCUCGACACCCCACGUUUCGCACAAUGGAGAAGGAAAGAACCUCUGGCGAGGUCGAGAGACCUGAGCAGGCCGAGCCUGUCCUGCCCGUCGUCAACCCGGCCCUCGAGAAGCCUGCUCCUCCUCAGAGCAGCAUCCACCCCGCCCUCUAUGUUGCGGCGACAGAAGCUGAUAGCGUGCGCGCAGUGNUCUGGAUUGCCAUGAGCUCCAGUGUCAUCAUCUUCAACAAGUACAUUCUCGACGAGAAGAAGCUGAACUUCCGUGAGUCUUCUGUUCAAGCAACCACAAGCUCGCACCAGCUCAUUGUUUUGCAGGCUNUCCCUAUUUUCCUCACAACAUGGCAUCUCGGCUUUGCGACCAUCUGCACCCAGAUCCUCGCUCGUUUCACCACAACUCUCGGAAACGUGUCUUUCAUCGUCAUUGGUGUCAUCAUUGCCUCGUUCGGCGAGAUCCAAUUCGUCAUGCUCGGCUUCCUUCUCCAGGUAGCUGGUAUCAUCUUCGAGGCCAUUCGCUUGACUAUGGUCCAGCGCCUUCUGUCUUCUGCCGAGUUCAAGAUGGACCCUCUUGUCUCUCUCUACUACUUCGCUCCCGCUUGCACCAUCAUGAACGGAGUUGUCGCUUUGAUCGCCGAGGUUCCCUCCAUGACUUGGGCUGACUUUGACCGUGUUGGUUACUUCACUCUCCUGCUCAAUGCCAUGGUUGCGUUUGGUCUCAACGUCUCGGUCGUUUUCCUGAUCGGCAGAACCUCCUCCCUCGUCCUUACUCUUUGUGGUGUCCUCAAGGACAUUCUCCUCGUCGUUGCCUCGAUGCUCAUCUUCCGUGACCCCGUUGCACCUCUUCAAUUCUUCGGUUACUCAAUUGCCCUUGGUGGCCUCGUCUACUACAAGCUUGGAGCCGAUGCCCUUAAGGAAUACGCUGGUGGUGCUGGUCGCGCCUGGGCCGAUUACGGCGCUAGACACCCCGCCCUCAGAAAGCUCAUCGUCUUUGGCGGUGCGCUCUUCGUUCUCUUCCUCCUCCUCGGCUCCUUCAGCUCCUCCCUGCCCGUUGACCCCAAGCAAUAUGUCGGCAACAAGUACACUGGCUUCUUCGGCAACAGCGGCGCAUAA